AAACGACGCGGUUUGGUGCAACCCCGCCCGCGUUGGCGAAAAAUUCAAAUAAGCAGAACGAAGAACAUGGAUUUGGUUGAAGACGAUCUUCAUCGCCUUCGCUCCAAUCUUUCUUCUCUGCUCCUUCAGGUGCGUGCGUACUCUCACUUUCCCUUUCUUUCAUAAUAUGCAAAAAAUCCUUUCAUUUUUCACUCGGUUGAAGACGAGGGAGCAAAUGCAGUCAUUGAUUAUUUAUUAGCCCUACAUUUCUAACCUAACGUAUGAAAAAGACUAAUAAUGAGAAACCAGUGUUAGAAUUAAUGAAUUCGCAGAUUGACGAGGUUGUCGUGCAAGCCAUUGAAGUGAAUUACAAGAACAACAAAACCAUAAGCAAAGAGGGCAAAACGCAAAUCGAGUCUUUCUCCCGUGUCCUUUCUGACAUGCUCUCUUCUUUGAAGCCAUGGCUUCCCAAAAUUCAAAAUGCCCUUAACCCUCAAGACAUAGUUUCUGACGAUGAAACCAGAGAAUGCGACCGUCCCAAACCCGAAGAGACAACCUUAAAUUUAGUAUCUCCUUCACCCCUGGUGUCAUGGCGUGCCAACUGCACUGUCAAAAGAGGUAGACAGAUGUUCAUGCUGACACCUCUUCCAUUAUCGUCCAAACACCACCAACCUAAACCAUAUUUCCCUCCUCCCACCACAUCAUCAACCACUACCUUCAAGGAUAGUGAUAUGGUGAAACCAACACCAAUUAAGCAGAAACUUCCAAACAACCAAGACAGAUCCAUGCUUGUUAUGAUGACUCCGUGCUUGAAAAUGUCACCUCCUAGAUCCUGCCUUUUGCUCGAACCCAUAUCCGAAAUCUCGCGUUUGGGUGGGGAUCACAAGGUUCGCAAGGGCACUCCCUAUCCUGUUGGGAUUCAUUGCAGUGAUUCAAAAUCUUCUGGCAGUGAUGAUUCUUCGCGUGAUUUGUCGUUGAUGUAUCCGGAGCUCCAAGGGAUACACAAGUCAGGAAUUGGGAAGAAAACCGUGGAAGUGUCGCCCGAUUGGUUAACCUCUCCUCCUAAAACUUGUGUUUUGUUGGAGCCACCUGACGAAAAAAAGAUUGAUGGUCACUUGUGUGUUCAGAUAGCUGACAAUAUUUUUAAUGAACAAGUCAGCAAGUUUGAAGAUGAUGAUGUUUCAAACGAUCAUAAUCAAGCCAAAGAAUCUUGUAAUCAAGAGAGCACUCCCAUGCCUGAAAGUUCGUUUCAAAGGGGAAAAUGUCCUGGUGAAAAUACUUUGAAGAAGGAGUUAUGGACCAAGUUUGAGGUAGCAUCCACUUGGGGAUGUCAACCUAAGGUACCCACAGUUCAAAAGAGUGCUCACAAAGGGUUUCUUGACCUACUGGAAGAAGCUUCCUGUGAUGAAUAAAUUGAAGUUAUGAAAGUGUCAAGAUAUAUGCAAGCAAAUAGUCUCAUUAGAAAAUUGACUUGUAAAUGCUGGUUCAUGUAAGAUUUGUAGCAAUGAGGCUGGUGCAUUUUAUCUUUGUUCCACCUAGACGACAAAAGAAUUCAUUCAUGUACUUACAGGCGACGCAUGCUAAAUGCGCAUUUUGUUAUUUUCUCUCUAAUGCUUCUUCUCUGUAUCAAUAUUCUCAGACCUUUUUAUUUUGGUAUUAAUAUCAUAUGACAUAUGAUAGGAUGGCAUACGCCAGUGUUCUCCAACUUCA